ACGCCACAACGUGGCUUCUCCCAGUUUAUUUAUUUUGCGUAUCUUGAUUCAUAUACUCCGUAUUGGCCGGCGAUACGGUCUGUACAAAGAAGCAACGCGUAUCCCCCAGGACCAUAACCGGCCGGCAAAACCAAAACCAUCCGACAAUGGCCGCCACCGGCGCUGGAGAAGGCAAGAAAGCGGCCGCCGGAAGCAGCGUCCACAGCAAGACCCUCCUCAAAAGCGAGCAACUCUACCAGUAUAUACUGGAGUCGACGGUGUUCCCGCGCGAGCCCGACGGCCUUCGCGAGCUGCGCCUCGCCACCGCGAGUUACCCCGGGGCCCGCAUGGCGGCGGCGCCGGACCAGGUGCAGCUGUUCGGGCUUCUGAUCGAGAUGCUCGGCGCCAGGAACACCAUCGAGGUCGGCGUGUUCACCGGGUACUCGCUGCUCGCCACCGCCCUCGCCCUCCCCCAUGAUGGCAAGGUAGUGGCCAUCGACGUUAGCCGCGAGAGUUACGACGAGAUAGGAUCGCCGGUGAUUCACAAGGCCGGCAUGGCGCAUAAGAUCGACUUCCGCGUGGGGCUGGCGCUGCAAGUGCUUGAUCAACUGGUAGCCGAGGACGGCAGCACGGGCAAGUUCGACUUCGCGUUCGUGGACGCGGACAAGGCCAACUUCGGCAACUACCACGAGCGGCUGCUGCGGCUGGUCAGGGUCGGGGGCCUCAUCGCCUACGACAACACGCUGUGGGGCGGCUCUGUGGCCGCCACCGACGAGGCGGCGGCGGAGCUCUCGGAGCGGGACCGGGAGCUCGCGGGGAUCGCCAGGGAGUUCAACGCCGCGCUCGCCGGCGACCGCCGCGUGCAGGUUUGCCAGCUCGCCAUCUCCGACGGGAUCAUGCUGUGCCGCCGCGUCGCCUGAUGGCCAGACACACCGUGGGUUCUGGGUUGCAAUGCUGUUGAGAUGAGCCGUGGAUGAUGGGUACUAAUUAACAAUGUGUUUAUGUUUGUCCGUGUUGUUAAUUUAAAGUGUCGUAGCCUACGGGCUGUGCAUUCUCGUCUUUGCAUUCACCGCUGUGAACUGUGACGAUGAUUGAUGCCCCCAUGCUGGAUGCUGAUAUAAUUUACAGUCGACAUGAUCGCGAUAAGCCGAUAACGACAGAUUGUCCAACCACGAUAUCGGCCUAUACUGUGUACUCUGCUACCACAGUGUUACAACUAACAAUUGUGAACUAUUGAUUUUUCU